ACCAUCCUCACCCUCUAAGCUCCCAUUUCAACACCGAACACGCCACAAAUGUCCACCAAAAGAACCCACCCCGUCAUCCACCACCGCCAAGCCAUCACCUCCCUCCCACCCGAAUCCUUCCCAAACCCCGCCCACGGCCACCUAACAUGGCGUACUCUCCUCUCCUUCCCUCAAACCCCGACUUCCGACAUGUGCGCCGGUCUAGCAGUCUGUCCUCCCCGCACAGGCCAUCUUUGUCGCCACCGCCACACCCAAGCGGAGAUAUACUAUAUUACUUCGGGAUCGGGGCAUGUCUUUAUCGAUGGGAACGAGUAUGAGGUUUUUGCGGGCACGGUCGUGUUUAUUCCCGGGGAUGCCGAACAUGGGGUUGUUAAUCGGGGUGGGGAGCCGUUGGAGUGGUUUUAUGUCUUUCCGACGGGGUCGUUUGGGGAUGUGGUUUAUCGGUUUGAGGAGGGGAUGGGGGUGAAGGAGGGGGAGGGGAAGGUGAGGGCUAAGAUAUACGGGUUGGGGUUGGGGUGUGGCUGUUCUAUUGUGGUGAGACUUUUUGCUUGAUUAAAGGAUUCGAUAUUGAGUGAUGCCCGUACCCUAUAUGAACCUAGUAUUGGUUGGUGCUCGGUAGUGUUGAUG